AUGGCGCAGGUUUCGUUCACAGACGUUGAGAUCAAGGCUGAUCUCGAGGGUUUGCCUGCCGCAGCGUUCUCCGGGGCGCCCGCCGCAGACAGGCUGAACUGGGUGCGUAUCGCACUGAGCGUCGACGAAGCUCCACGUGCCAAACACGACUUGCGUUUCUACACCAGUGUAGCCGCAGCUCUCGCCAACCUCGUGGGCAGCACCCACCCGAGUGAUUACAGUGACGUGGUGAUCCGCGGCAUGAUCACGCAGGGCAUUAAGCCCAACGACUUCCCCUUCGGCGCUGAGGAUUUCCCGGAGGCUUGGAAGCUUCUGAAAUUCUCUCCGGCGCAGAUCGUGUACGCUUUGCGCGUCCAGGGCAAGUGCGUGGCCCAGGCAGGCACCGCUGGCAGCAGCGGCGCAGGACCAAGCAGCAGUGACGUGGCCCCUGCUGCGACGACUAGCGAUGCCUUCGCAGAGGUGAUGCGCGACUUUGUCAAGCAAGCUGGCUCGCAGCCGAAGAAGGGCCUGUCCUUCAGCCUGACAGACAGGAUCCGUGAGGUCGGGCUCCACGAGUUUCCCCCGGAGGCUUUGCCGUCAGAAGAGCUCGCGGGCAAGUGGGAGGCGGCCGGCCGCGCCGCUUCCGACCGGGACAGGCACUUCGUGGGCAGCGCUGAUGGCGACAACCUCCAAGCAGCCCACCGACCUCAGUGGAGCCGCACCCCAGAGAUCGACGAUCGGGUGCGCUACGUUGGCUUCGCGACGUUCCUGGGCCACGUCAUGGCGUGGGGGCUCAAGAUCUGCAUCAUGAAGGUUUGUUCUGUGUCCGAGGUGCUGGGUUACGUGUUCCUGCUUACUCGGGUUGCCGAGGAGUUCGGGGGCGUGCACACCGCCUAUUUCUACGAUUGGCUGGUGCGGCGUGAGAUGGCACGUUCCUUGGAGAGGGGCGAGCAAUUUGCCCACUUUUUCCAGAGGUUGGACCGUGAGAUCGUGCGGGACGCUCGGGACAAGGCCCAGACGGCGAUCGGCCGCGCGGGGAAGCCGCAGGCAAAG